AUGACGGAUGUACCUACUCGACUUCAGAAAUUAACUAAUUUAACCAGAGAGGUUACUACCCUCAAAAAAAACCAGAAUGUCAAUGACAAUUCAAACACUGCUGCUGAUGGUGAAAUUGCAAGGACGCCACCCAUAAAGGAUUCCUCAUCGAUUCUACUCUCGCCACUGGUUUUUGGAUAUAUAACCGCUGCUAAUUUCCAUCAAUAUGAUAUUGAUUGGACCAAGUUCGACACUGCAAGCUACUUGAACGAACGCUUGGAAGAACCAAGGCUAGAAAAAUUUAUGGAUCAAAUUGAAACCUUCAAAUUCAAAGAAUGGCAACAUUAUUCUUCCACAUGCAAUAUUGACUUUCUUAAAUGGUACCUUUCAUUUGAAAGCAAAAUGCGUUUGUUGAACAUGGCGACUUUUCUAUUCGAUGAGAAAUUUGAUUCUAAGGAACGUAACCCUUUAGAAGUUAUUGAAUCUAAAUUUAUUUGUUACAAUAUAUUACUUUCCCUGUUUCCAAAAUAUUACGGCGAAAUACCUUCUGAUUGUUCUAAGUUGUUUGACAAGAUCAUAUAUCGUUACCUUCCAGGACAGAAAUACGAGUUGGCCAGAGACCUAGUUGAAGAACUGACUAUUUCACCUACUUCAGAUAUAGACCUAAUUAUUCAAACUUACAAGAUGGGUAAUGCCCUUCGAAAAUUAGGGGACCUUGAACUAAUUAAUGAACAAGACUUUUGUCAUACUGUUAUGAUAAAAGCUUUGAGGUCACUUGAUGGCAGCUUUUCGGCAGCCUAUCGCGAAUGGAAAGAAAACAUGAAGGAAUUCAAUUUAGAAAAAGUUGUAGAGCUGAUACGACCAUAUAUCGAUGAUGUUCCAGACUACACCGUCGGGCAUAGAAUGGGCCAAGUUGGUAAUUUCAAAAGAUCAAAAGGGAACAACAGGAGAGGGAAACGUUUCCGUUCUCAACAUUACAAUUCAAAUGAUUAUUAUACUUAA